AUGAGCUUCAAGCCCCGCCUGACAAGCUUAAGGGGCGGACCAGCGCCCGCCGAGGCGGGACGCCGGUCCAAGCGAGGUCCCUCGGGAGCGGACCCAGCGCCAGUUCGCCCAGAUGCAGUCGAGGCGCCCGAUGCGGAGCCGGCCGUCCCUGCGUCCGGCGACGGCAGCAGCAGCACAGCAGCCGCUGGCAGCGACGGCGGCGCCUCCAAUAGGGAGCUGGCGCACAGCUACAGCCUGCAGCUGCUGGGCGACCAAGAUCUGCAAGACUGCCCUGGCGAUGCCGACCCUUCCAAAAAGCCCAUCCGCCGGCUCGCGCGCCGCCGGCAAACGCCGGCGGCGCCUGGCGUCGGCAAGGGCAUUGCUACCAGCGCUUCAUCGUCGCAGCGGGGUGGCGGCGGCACCAUUGGCACGGCAAAGCCGGCGCGGCGGCGCGGCGCCCUCUCCUCGCGCCCGCCGGCAGAUGAACUGUCAGAUGAGGAGAUGGCAGAGGUGUACAGAUUCGGCGUCGACCCUGUGGAUCUGGGCUGGCAGCCGCGCGGCAAGAACCCCCGCAACACGGCCGCCCGGGUGGAGUUGUGGGAGCACCCGGCGACCGGCGUGCGGGUGGAUUACUACUACACCACAGGCAAGGCCAAGGUCACCGACAGGCGGUGCGGCCGCAUUGAGUACAUCGUGGUGGCCAGCAGGGACCAGAUGACUCACAUGCUGCGGCGGUGGGCGCUGCAAGGGGUGGAGGAGCGGGAGGACGAGGAGGAGGAGGAGGAGGGGGAUGACGAGGAGGACGAAUGA